UUCAUUGGUAGAAAGCAUGAGGUUGGAAUUAAAGUGGGAGGAAUCGCAAUUAGAUGGAGUAAUUGAGAAAUAGCGAGGUACUGUGAGUAAAGAAAGCGGAAUAGAGAGACAGAAAGAAGAAAACUGGCUCUAGUUGUUGGCAGAGGAGGAGUGUCAUCAUGGCAGCGCUGGAGCAAUGGUGUUUAUAUUCCAAAAUGCUGCAACAGUUAGCUUAUACUUUAGCAUCCAUGAAGCCAACUCCAUGGGAAAAGGUUAACAAGAUUAUGAAAUUAUGUCCAGUGGAAAGUAACCAUGGAACACUUAAAUUGGAUAGCCGGUCGCAGGAUGUUAUCAUUGCUUUGGGUAUAUAUCUAUUAGAGUCUGGACUUCAGUACAAAGAAAAAAUCCUACCAUAUUUGCUGAAUGUAUUAAGAGACCUCCCUAAAGUUCAGUGGAUUGAUGGACCCAAAGGAACACAAAAACACAGACAGAUAAAAUAUGAAAGUGGUGUUAAAAAAUCAGGCUUUUAUAAAUCUGAGAACCAAGUGAAAUUAUCAGAACUUCCGAUGGGAGAAUGCUUCAGUUUCUGUCUCAAUACAAUUCUGAGUGAUGUGGCCUAUCGUGAUUCAGAGCUCAGGGAGCAGAUUUUGUCAGCACAGUUGGAUACAAUGGUUGUUCUCACAACACUUUGCCAAGGGACACAUGACAUACCUAAAGAAACUUUAUGCACAUCUAUUGUACCAGCUCUAAUUGGAAUGGCUCGAGCCAUUGGCCGUUCUUCUGAUGAUGAAAUACCUCUCAUAAAGCUGCUGUUUCCUUUACCAAGUUCCUGUGUUAUGGAAGAGGUGUUGAGCGAUGACAAAAGCCCUCCAAAGAAACCAUUCACCAAAUUCCGAUCGAUAUUCCCACGCACGUUAUCUUCCCAUGUAAUCACACCAGAAAGUCCUACAAGUCCCACACCAGGCAUCAACGAUGGCCCCAUUGAUUUCAGACGUGAACGAUCUCCCUCCCCUAUGGCACCAACACAACAUAAAGGAGGUCUGACGGAUGAAUUGCUUGACCCUACAAUCCGUUAUUUCAAUAAAGUCGGAUCUAGUUUCACACGAACCAAACCCUGGGGUUUUGAAAUCAUUCCUGAAGAAGAUCACUUAAAAUUUUCUAGUUCUCAACUCCAGACACUUGUUAGUGUGGCCAAACGUUUGCUGAGUAAGGACAUUCUGAAAAAUCUAGAUAGCAUGGCCGCUGAAGUAUAUACAUAUGGUCAUCUGAUGCGAUUUCCAUACAAAUCUUUUAGUGAGACAGUUACCUUGGUAGUGGUUACUUUGCUCAGAGAUGUCUUGGAACAAGAAAAAGAUCUGCCAGCAUCUUUUAUGAAGGAAGUGCAAGAUUUUGUAAAAUCCUUAUAUUUAUCCGGACAAACUGAACUCCAAAGCAAAUAUCAACGAAGUGCUUCCGACAUUCGCCAGUUACAUUUUGAUCCGUAUGAAUUGAUGGUGUGUAGUAAUGCUGCCUGUGUUGAUUUGUUGUUCUGGGCCGUCAGGGAUGACUCUGAAGCUGAGAAUCUAUGUCUACGAUUGACCGAAAAGAUCAACUCCAUAACAGACAAAAAGUUACUUCUGAUGCAUAUGCCGUUACAAAUGGUAUCUCUAGAGGCUCUUGGUAAAUUAGCCACCAAAUUUCCUUGUCUUGCGAGUACCAUGUUAGCAUCUUUGCGGGAAUACCUCGUUAUACCUUCCCCUGUGCUCAGCAAACUCAACAAAUAUGCAACACAAGAGGCCAACAUAAAAAUCACAGUCACUGAUGAAAAUCGCAUUUUAAACAAACGGACCAGCAAUCACCCCAAAAAUAAAUUAAUGGCUACUUUAGAAAACCUUCGAGACACAGCAGUAACGAAUGUAUGCAGGUGUUUGAAAGCUGGUUUACAGGUUGACCAAGAUAUUGUACAAGCGUUUCUUGCCUCUGUCUCGAAUCGAUUAUAUCGUACAGAGACCAGUGAUAGAGAAUCUGCUCUGAUCUCAACAAAUACAAUUCUAACACUUGGUCAUGUUGCUGUGGCGCUAAAAGAUACACCGAAGACUGUAGAAUCUGUAUUGCAAAUAUUCCAGCAACGAUUCUGUUCCCCCCAAUCUCAUCUUGAUGAGUUGAUCAUUGAUCAGCUAGGAUGUAUGAUAAUGGCUGGAUGUUCCAGCAUAUCAGGAGAAGUGAUGAAGAUGUUUUCUCAGAUCAGCAUUGAAAGCAGUUCAGCCUAUGGACGCUAUGACAACGAAGAUAAAGUCAAUGCAUACAGACAUGUUUCCCUGUCAGUAAUAAAUGCUUUUGCAAACAUCUCAGCUAAUAUACAAACUGAGAAUGAACAAAUUGAGUUACUGAUUCGGUUAUUGGAACUGUUUGUGCAAAUGGGGCUGGAAGGCAAACGGGCGAGUGAGCGUGCUCAAGGAGCAAUGAAGGCAUCAAGCAGUGCUGGAAAUCUUGGUUUACUCAUACCAGUAAUUGCUGUGCUCGUUCGGCGUUUGCCUCCAAUUCGGGAUCCCAAACAACGUUUAAACAAACUAUUCAGGGAUUUCUGGCUUUAUUGUGUAAUUAUGGGAUUUGCCGUAGAAGAUUCAGGUAUUUGGCCCCAUGAUUGGUUUGAAGGCGUCUGUGAAAUUGCUGUAAAAUCUCCUUUACUGCUUUCGAGAGAACACCUACGUUCAGAGUUGCGCUACAAUACAGCACUUAAAAAUGAUGGAGUUGCACCAGCCGAAGUGAAUGAACUACGAUUAAGUAUUUGCAAUUUGCUCAAUCAAAGCACAGAAGUGACAGCUAUUAUAAACCGACUCAACUUCGCACAGUGCGCUUAUCUCCUUUCAGUGUUUCGCUUGGAGACACUCAGGGUAACUUAUUCCACUGAUCCAUUAUCAUUCCAAGGGUUAUUCCAUUACUUAGAAGACAAUACAAUCAUCAAAGAUAAAGCCAAUAUGUGGCAAUGUCUUGCUGCAGUUUCCGAUAAAGUCUUCAGCAAGUUCUUAGAAGUCAUGGCUGAAAAGCCAAAAACAGACGAAAGAGAGAGAGAAUUGGAAAGGCAUGCCCAGUUUUUGUUGGUGAAGUUCAACCAUGUCCAUAAGAAUAUUCGGUGUGUAGCUGACAAAUACCUGUCAGGUCUAGUCGACAGGUUUCCGUAUUUACUGUGGAGUGGAGUGUUAUUACAAACCAUGCUGGACAUUUUACAAGUUCUGUCAAAGUCCCUGGAAGUGGACCCUCAUGCCAAAGCCCCAGAUUUAGCCAUACCAAACACUCCUUACAUCUUAAGAGUAAGAGACAACAUGGUUGACAGAGAGAAUACCGUAAAGGAUUUUGCUGCUCGUAGCACAGGAAUUAUCCAAGAAGCCAUGAAAUGGGCCCCUAAUGCUACCCGAUCUCAUCUCAUUGAAUAUCUGCUGAAAAUGGAACACUCAUCUCAAGGGUUAUACUACCACAGUGGUCUUGCCCUUGCUACUGAGAGUGUGUUAAAUUAUGCUGGAUAUAAUAAAACUGCAGCCCCCUUAGGGACUGCCACCCUUGAUAGACGACCAAAUUGUGUUACGACUGACAGUUCCAAUUUCAUGGCUGCUUUAAGUUUGCGAAGUCGUUUCAGUGGAGAAGUUUCUGGUAUGAGAUAUGUUUGUAAUAAUGAUGAAGAACUAAUCAAAAAGUUGUGUGAUGGACUUGAUAAAGACUGUGAUAAUAAAAAGUCAGAAGAGAUCAAAGCAGGGAUGUUCAGAGUAUGUGCACUUCUUAUUUCAAUUAAAGUACUCAAGCGUCAAUUACUUCAUACCUUGUGUUGGGUUCCUGUUAAGGAUUUUACAGAAAGAACUAUGGAAGUUGCUGUUACGUGCUGGGAAUGGCUUCUUGCUGCUCGGCCUGAUUUUAGUAUUGAGUUCUUAUGUGAAAUGGCCAUGGCUUGGCAGAUGACAGUUGAUAAGAAACUUGGCAUCUUUGCUGAAGACAAACCUCGGCCUGAUCCUUUAGCUAAAACUGAGGAUCAAAUUCUUGAUCCAAAUCCUCCACAUGUAGCUGGUCAUCAGAUCUGGACGAAGUUUCUCGCUGAACGUGUUGAAAUUGCACGCUACUGCAGUGUUGAUCAAGUGGGCAUCCUGCUUUCCCUGCUUCAUAAAUCUCUCUCUAUUAGUGUAGGAAAACAGCCUGGAUUAAUUUCCCGACACCCAGCUGCCUUGGGGCCAAGAGUCAGGCUGUUAACAAUGGGUCUAUCUCUUCUACAAGGGGUACUUCUUCCUAACAAUUUAAGCCGCAGUGUACUUCGUGAGAGGGUCUAUGCUGCAACAUUAGACUACUUUUGUGGUCCUGUAAUCUGCCCAACUCAGCGUGGUUCUGAGUUAAGGGAAGACAUCAUCAGUUUGAUAAAGUUCUGGAAAUUGAUGCAUGCUGACAAGAAAUAUCUUAAGUCCAAUGUGUUACCAUUCUGCGCUGCUUCAGCUACAGAUCCUAGUAAUUUGAAUCCCGCUCAGCUGUCUAUGUCUGGCACAUUUUCAUCUGACCUGAAGUCAUCGCAAUCGUCCAGUGGAUGGAUGAACACCAUCAAUAGUGGGGUUUCAGUACAUUCCAAGAGAUCUACCACAUUGUCAGUUUCACCCACAUCCUUCCAGUCAGGCUAUGAUUUUUCUGAUGGUUCCAUGACCCGCGGCCCUGACAAUGAGUUUUUUGGCAGCGCUGGGACUCUGGGUUCUGGUACAAGAAAAUUUAAUACAGCUGGGGACCACUUUGUCAAGGACUACAUGAGGAAAAGAAAUCUGAUUCUGUCUUUAAUGGCAAAUGCUAUUGAUGCCUUUAUAACCUGGCACAAUCCACUUGAACUUAUGGAACAAAGGAUACCUGGUGAAGAGACCAUUACAACUUGGCGGAAUCAGAUAAUGACAGAGAAGCAUUACAGAGAAACUGCUCGACUUGCUUGGGAUAUUUCCCCAAUUCUUGGUGUCUAUUUACCCAACAGGUUCAAAAACUCUGAAGCCCUUGUAAAAGAGGUAACCCGCCUUGUACGACUUAACCCAAUGGUGGUAAAUCAAAUCCCAGAAGUUAUUAAUUACUUAGUGACAGUCCACAGUGUUGAAGCCGAUGCUCCUGAGUUGGUACAUGUCCUUACUUGGGCAGCUGUGUCUCCGGGGGUGGCACUGUCCUAUUUUUCCCGUCAGUUUCCACCACAUCCUUUGACGGCUCAGUUUGCAGUACGAUCUUUGCGUUCGUAUCCACCAGAUGCUCUUAUCUUCUACAUUCCACAACUGGUACAAGCACUGCGAUAUGAUAAGAUGGGUUAUGUUGUAGAAUUUAUUCUAUGGGCAUCAAAGUAUUCAUCGUUACUAGCUCAUCAGCUUCUGUGGAACAUGCAAACCAAUGUCUACCAGGAUGAAGAUGCAACCAUCAAAGAUGAUCAAAUUGGGGAUCUACUGGAGAGUUUGAUGAAAGACAUCACAAAGAACUUGUCUGGUGCUGCUCUCAAGUUUUAUCAAAGAGAAUUUAAAUUCUUUGGAAAGAUAACCAAUAUCUCAGGAGAAAUUCGGCCCUACCCCAAAGGCCCAGACAGAAAAGAAGCUUGCUUGAAGGCCUUAGCCAAAGUUCAACUUCCAAAAGGUGUGUACCUCCCUUCUAAUCCUGAAGCUGUCGUUGUAGGAAUAGAUUAUCAUUCUGGUACACCAAUGCAAAGUGCAGCAAAAGCACCAUUUUUAGCUCGAUUCUCUGUCAAAAAAUGUGGAGUAAAAGAACUAGAAAAUCUCGGCUUGGAAGAAUCCUAUGGUUCAGAAAAUGAUGGCAUCCCUCAGCAUUGGCAAGCUUGUAUUUUUAAAGUUGGUGAUGAUGUACGGCAGGAUAUGUUGGCGUUACAAGUGAUAACAAUGUUCAAGAAUAUAUUUGAAUUGGCUGGUCUUGAGCUCUAUUUGAAGCCAUACAGAGUUGUUGCGACUAAUCCUGGGUGUGGUGUCAUUGAGUGUGUUCCCAAUGCCAAAUCGAGAGACCAAAUUGGUCGACAGACUGACAUAGAUAUGUAUCAAUAUUUCAUAAAUAAAUACGGUGAUGAAGACACCACAGACUUCCAAGCUGCAAGGCGUAACUUCAUUGUGAGCAUGGCUGCUUACAGUGUAAUCAGCUACAUUUUACAAAUCAAAGACCGACACAAUGGAAACAUAAUGUUAGAUGGUGAUGGCCAUAUUGUUCAUAUUGAUUUUGGGUUUAUGUUUGAGAGUUCACCAGGAGGAAAUUUAGGCUGGGAACCAGACAUUAAACUAACAGAUGAAAUGGUGAUGAUAAUGGGUGGUAAAAUGGAAGCUCCACCAUUCCAGUGGUUCUUAGAGCUCUGUGUUCAAGGUUUCUUGGCCAUCAGACCUUAUCAAGAAGCUGUGGUAUCUCUUGUAUCACUGAUGCUUGACACUGGACUACCAUGUUUCCGUGGACAAACUAUCAAACUCCUGCGCAGCCGCUUUGCUCCCCAAGCCAAUGAACGAGAUGCAGCAAAUUUCAUACUGAAAAUCAUUCGUGACUGUUACCUAAAUUGGCGAGGCAAAACCUACGACAUGCUACAGUAUUAUCAAAAUAAGAUCCCUUACUGAACGACUCAGUCUGCAUUUUCUUGCACAUUCAUAUUCUCUGUACAUCUUUACACUGUAUCUGUGCAGUGUUUCUGUUGUGGACUGGAGGAAAAGCUACAAGUUAGACACGUUGGCCUGUCUGUUGGUCCUGAAACAUUACAACAACACAACACUGAUACCUUCAUGUCAUCGUGGUCUGUGAUAGUUAAAGCUGUUCUCUUGAUUGUUGUAGCAGCUUCUUUCAAACAAUCAACUAGUGUGUAAGAGACAUAUCACAAACUCACACAUACGCACGUGCAAAUGAUCACACACACACAUUACAUAUGAAACAUGCAUACAUUUCCACCACUAGUUUUAAACAUAAAAUAAAUUACCCUGAUAUACAGAAAUAAAAAAAAAAAUAUUGGAGACCUCCUCUUUUAAGAGUAGACGUAGUCAGCAGUUGAUACAUAUAUACAUAUAUGUAUGUAUGUAUGUAUAUAGUUUUUCAAGCUUUAUUAUUAGCUGGGCAGAUGAUAGCUGCUAAGUUGGUGAGAGAAAAGUUGCAGGUCUCCAACAAUCGGGAACUAUUAUUUUUUAUUUUUUUAAGCUGAAAUUGUUAUUUGAAUGAAAGUUGUUGCAUUGAGUGACCAAAUUUGAUCUGUUAGAAUUUGGUUACUGAAUAUAUUUCCUGGAUUAAAUCUUAUCCACAUGAUAGGAAAUCAACAUUAUUGUUUUGAAAUAUUUUCUAAUAUUUCUAAAUAUUUUCUCUGUUGGUGCGUGCAUUGUUCUUGUUAUGAUGCCAGUUGUUAUGAUACUCUAAUCAGAGAUUGGUGGUGGCAUCGUUGUACAACAGUUUCAAGGCCAGUAUGUAUAUUCCUGUUGUAUAUUUGUGAAUAGCUACACUACAUCAUCAUCAUUCAUUUCUUUUAGCGUCCACUUUUCCAUGCUAGCAUGGGUUGGACAGUUUAUUGAGGCAGAUUUUUCUGUGACCAGAUGCCUUUCCUGUCACCAACCAUCACCUGUUUCCAAGCAAGGUGAUAUAUUUGACCAGAUGAGUUCUCGCAGAAUAUUGGAAAUGAAUGACACUGCUUGUAUGACAGUGACCCUCAUUUACAACAAUACUGUGAUGUCAAGAGGAGACACACACACAUAGAUAUACAUGUAGUAUGUAUAUAUAUAUAUAUUAUAUAUAUAUAUAUAUAUAUAUAUAUAUACACACACACAUGCAUGUAUGUGUGUGUGUGUGUGUGUCUAUUCAGUGACUGGGAAUGUCAGUCAUCCUAUUAUGGGUCAAUGUUUUUCUUAUGGACAGAAGACUACAGUUGCAGGCCCUCACACAUCUAAACAAAUCCCUUGUCAAAUAAAACAAAUCAUUUUACAAUCAUGUAAAAGUUGGAAGCAAUUCUGACAUUUUAUCAGACACCUCAAACAAAAUACGGUGUGAAUUGAUAGGAGUGAUUUUGUUUGCUUCUUCAGAUUCAGUCCCAUUUCAGUCCCAUCUGAAAGUAGACUGGUGUGUCACCUGUGGAACUGCACUUAGAAUUAGGAGAGAAGAAAAGAGAAUGAGGCCUACAGUGACAAUAACUUCAGUUGCUAGUCUCAUUUUUCUAAAAAGAAUGCAAAUAAAAACUUUUUUUUUCCCCCAGAACAUCUUGACCAUAACUCCCACAAAAUUUAUUUACAAACAUUCCUGUUUAGCUGAAUUCUUUUUCUUUCAAUUUUGUCUUUUUUCUUUUAAUGAAUCUGAUUUUGACUGUUUUCUAGCGCAAUCUUUCAAACCAGAAACAUUUCACUGUUUUAAUGUUUGAGAAGAACUUUCUAUCAUUCACAUUACCAAUUACCUCUUUCGCUUUGGAGCAAAUUCCAAAUGGUUUCUUUUAUAUAUUUGUUUAUUGUUUAGAUACAAUUCUGUUUUUGUUUUUCACAAUAUUUCACUUGUUUUCAGAAAUAACUCCAUGACAUUUUAUUUUCUCCAUUUUGUCUCUCAGAAAUACCUGUCUAGUCUCUUGAUGGGACCAUGAUUUCCAGUUAUACAGAGAAACAAGAUUCAAAAUUAUUUAAUUUGAUUAAUUUAUUCGUCAUCAAUCAAUAUGUGGAGUAACUAAGUUUAUUCCAAAGUUGGUAUUCAUCAGAUACAUUUCUAGAAAGUCUUUCACAUUUUACUUCUCACUUGUUCUGGCAAGAAAUCUUUUGGGUUAAAUGUCUGUAUAUUACUUUCUCCUCAAUAAUAGUUACGUCUCUGAAAAAAUGAUUUUCACCAACUUUGUCUUACAGCUGUAUAGAGUGAAGACAGGUUGUGUGUUAUACUCGUAUCAGUCUCAAGUAAAAUUUUCAUCAAUAUUCUACUUGUAUAUUCGUCUUCCAAUUUUAACAAUUUCGAAACAUGUAAUUUAACAUGAUUUUUUUUUUUUAAAGAUAAAUCCAAUUUGUGUUGAAUAUUUGAUCUGUCUCCUUAGAAUUGUCACAUAUUUUUAGUGCUGUAACUUCAUGGUCUUUAUUUCAGAUCUUUCCCUUCUCUUAUUAUAAAGACUAAAUUUGAAAUUAAAUAUUUAUCUUACCUGUAUGAUUCCAAGGAAUUUAGACUUUAAGGCUAAAAUCUGGUAUGAUUAUUUUCCAGUCAGAAACUUGGUGAAUGUUUUCAUUUAAAACAAAAACAAUCAAGUCUUAUUACAUUUUUUUUUGUUAAUAUUUUCAUGUUAUUUGUGACUUUUCAAAAAUGAUUGCUUCACCUAUUAAUUUAGUCCUGCAGGUGAUACAGCUUUAAUUCUCCAGUAGAAUUUUAAAACUCAUUUUAUUAUUUAGUAGUUGAAAAUUUAUUCUUAUGACUGAUCUUGGGGUUAGCAAAAUGGUUGUCAAGUCCUUAUAAACACAGUACUUCUUGUAAUCCAUCUUUUUCCAUCUUAGACAUCAUAUAAUGAACUCAUUUCCUUUCAUUUGUUGAUUAUAUUUUUUAAGAAAAAUCAUUGACUAAUGAUUAGUUUAGAAUACCAUUUUGUUAAAUUUCCUGAAUCAGAUUCUAUGAAACAAUGUUGUUGAAUCACUAGAAACAGAACUGUUUGGUCACAAAGUGUCAAGUGUAAAGGAUGCUUAGUGUUUAAAGAGCAAAGUCUAUUCAAUAUGAUUUAUUCAUAAAACUGUUUUACUUUCUUCCUUUAAAUUUUCUCCCAUCUCAUAGUCAUUGACUUUAUUUUUGACAAAUUAAAAGAACUGAAAAUAAAGUAUGCAUUUCUUUAUGCAAUGACAUUUUAAUUGCAAACAUGACAGAAUAUAUUUCUAAAUAGAUGUACAUCAGGUGACAGAGAUAAGCUAUUUUAUUUUGUGCUGAUUUUAAACUGUGACAAAAGUCUGCUAUUAAUACUUGUCUUUUUCCGUCAUUCUUUGCACUCAGCAGUCUUUCUUCUGUAUGAAAUGAUCCAACAAUGAUCUCACUUCACUUUAUAUUAUUUUUUGCUUCUUUAAACCCUUUCGUUACCAACCCGGCUGAAACCACCUCUGGCUCUGUCGUACAAAUGUCUUGUUUUCAUAAGUUUUGCAUUAAAAUCUGCCCCCAAAGCUUAGCCACGAUUUAUGUUCCUAACACUAGCUGAAUGAUAACUAAGUUAUUUUACUAAAUUCUUUGUUAUAUUUAAAAUUAAUUGAAAGAAACACAGAGCAUCUCAAAAUAAAUACAGUAAUGAAAAUAAGUAAUAUAUUUUUAAUACAGAAUUAAUUUUCAGUGUCUAACUGGACAAGUAUCUUGGUAUACAUAUCUUAUUAUGUUGGCUUUGUUUAACUAACAUACCUGAACAGCAACAGGUCCUUGUUUACCAUUUUUAUACCAUUUUAACUACUUGCCUCUAAAACUGUAAUUAUGUAAAUUAGCUUAUUAAAAUUAACUCUCAAAGCUAACAUAAAUUAACAUCUUUGACAAACAUGGCUCUGUAGUUACGUUUGCUUCUUCCCAACCACGUAGUUUUGAGUUCAGUCCUGCUGGAGCACCUUGGGUAAGAGUAUCUUCUUCUAUAACUCUGAGCUGACCAAUUCCUUGUUAGUGGAUUUGGUUGAGAGAAACUGAAAGAAGCCCAGUGUGUGUGUGUGUGUGUGUGUGUGUCUUGACAUUGCAUGAGAUUUGUUAAUGCGUAUCGGUCAUAGAAGCAGUGUCAUUCAUUCCUGGUAUUCUGUGUGGAUAUGUCUGGCUGUGGGGAAAUAUUCCCUUGCUUGGAAACAAGUGAGGGUUGGUGACAGGGAGGGCAUCCACUUGUAGAAAAUCUGCUUCAUUAAACUCCUAAACACAGUCUGGUCAUGCUAGCAUGGAAACGACAACAAUAUAUACAUACGUACAUAUAAAAUCAUUAUCAUUUAACACACAAUUCUACAUUUUUGCAUGGGUCAUCGUGGAAUUCAUUGUGGCAAAUUUUUUUAUGGCCUUUCUUGUUGCUAUUGCUGACUUGUUUCCAAAUAAGGUAAUAUUUCCCCAUAGCCAGACAUUUUUUUUCAGAAAACUGGUAAUGAAUGGUACUGCUUGUAUGACAGUGACACUCAUUUACAACCACUAUGUGAUGUCAAGUCAAGGAGAUAUAAACACACAAAACAGGUUUCUUUCAGUUUCUGUCUUCCAAAUCCACUCGUAAGGUGUUCAUUAAUCUGUGGCUCUAGUAGAAGACACUUGCUCAAGGUACCACCUAGUGGGAUCGAACCUAAGACUACAUGGUUGGAAGCAAACUUCUUAGUCAUACAUCUAUGCUUGCACUUACGUCUUGUGUUUAAUGUUAAUGUCUCUUUUCUGUCUCUUCUAGUAGAGAAUUCAACCUCAAUUUGGUAAACCAUCAAAGUAAACAUUAAUUACUACUUAAUUAGUUCAGCACAUCGUUAUUGUUUGUUCUCAUUUGCUCUAAUGUAAGGUGAAUAAGGUCAAAGACGGAGAACUAGGCGUUAGUGUAAGCCUAAAGAUGGUAAGCCAUCAAAUUGAAAACCGUUCAAUAGGCUAAUUACUAAUUUCUUCCAAUCAGUCUGUGUCACCUUACCUCAAACACUUAUACAAAUUUCUGCUACUAAAACAUUAGUAACAAACCCUCAGUAAUGAAUGAAUUAAUGUACAUAAAUUAAUCAACUAAAAUAUGUCGAAUGAAAUGACCAAGUAAUUAGCCAUCACAUGAAGUUUCCAGUGUGUGUUGUUAGCAUCAUCUUUGUACAUUAGAAGACUUGAAAUGUUGUACAAUUGUCACUUUUAAAAUUUCACACAUGGAAAUUUAAUAAAAAUUAUUUAAAAUAUUUUAAAUACUAUUUUCUUCAUUCAGUUAGAAUUGUUUUCAUAUUUAACAAUUGCUCAACAAUGUUUAAUAAAGAUCUCAUCCUUUAUGAAUGACCAAUUCUGUAAAGAUUGUAAUAUAGGCCGUUGAAGUUACUCCACCCCCUACCCCAAUAUAUUACUGUUAAUUAGUGUAGUGAUUCCAAGGUGGUGAAAUGUAAUCUUAACCUUAAGAUUUGAACUCAGAACAAUAAGGUAACCAACUAGUUAUGUUACUUUCUUACCUGUUGCUUCAACCACUUGUGUUUUCACUAAUGUAAUAUUAAUUCACUUGUUCGGGACAUCUUAGAAACUUUUUUCUUAUAGAAAACUCAAAUUCUGUUCAACAUUUUGACAUUGGGACUGGAAGGAGAACCAUUCAUUAAAUAUUUGUAUUUCAUGAAGAUACUCAAUGGAAUGGUUAAAUCAGACAACCUUCUUAAAAAAACACAUUCUCUGGGAUAUUAAAAUAUCUAAAUCUUACAUUGAUGUGAACCCUAAUAAUUUUGAGUUUAUAGACUAUUUAAAUAUCACAAGUUUUAAGCAUAGCUACCUUGUAACAAUAAGUGCUAAAUGGGCAAGACAAUUGAUUAAUAUUUAACAGUAUAGAAGUAUCUUACUAAUUAAAUAUUUAAUUAGAAACUGGUUUCUUUAUUUCAUUAUUUCUGGUGUUGGACUGGUAGAAGCAGUAGAGUGUCAGACAAAAUGCUUAUAUUUGUGUCUGAAUCAUUUUUACAUUCUAAGUUCAAAUCAUGCCAGAGUUGACUUUACCUUUCAUCGUCCAGGGUUGAUAAAAUAAGUACCGGUGAAGGAGAGGAGUUACUUUUAUAAUUCUUCCUUACAAUUCAAGGUCUUAUCCAUCCAGUUACAUGAGAAACCAAUAUUUCUAUGGCUCUGUACAUCUGCACAUGCAAUGGAUUUGUAGAAUUAUUUUUAUUACUUUUCAAGGUUUCUCUGAUCUAUAAUCAUGAAGUGAAAUAUUUACAAAGAUAAAUUACCAAAUCAAAAUUAAUUUUCUGUCAUAUCCUAGUUGUGUGGCUUCUAUCGUAGGAUUGUUUAACUAAGGCCUGCUGGAAGUAAAUUCUAGGGUUUUAUACUAUUAUAAAAAUUUGCUUAAAGAUAGAAUACAUACGUAACUGCUAUAGACCUUUGAACAAUCUUUAUUUCAUUAUUUCUGGUGUUGGACUGGUAGAAGCAGUAGAGUGUCAGACAAAAUGCUUAUAUUUGUCUCUGAAUCCAUUUUACAUUCUAAGUUCAAAUCAUGCCAGAGAUGACUUUACCUUUCAUCGUCCAGGAUUGAUAAAAUAAGUACCGGUGAAGGAGAUCAUUAAUUAUUUUAUGAUUACAACUGUUUUUUAAAAAUAAUUUACUACUAAGAUUUUCAAUAAGAAAUUAUAUUAGAUUUUAUAAAUCAUGAAUUUGAGACUGAAAACACCAACAGGCCCAUGGAUGAGACUCAAAUAACAUCUGUUUAUUGCUAAGUGAGUGUAUUAUUGAUUUCAAUAUAGAGACGCUCUUACAAUUUCGUCUUUCUCAAAUGAGCUGUUUAACCCUUUUGUUAGCAAACUUCUGCUGAAAUACAUUAUAAAUUAACAUGUUUUGAUGGUAGGUUUUUUUUUUAUUAUUUAGAUUACUUUAAAAACAGAAGUUUUUGUCAUAGGAUCAAAGGCAGGUUGGUACACAAAGUGGGAAAAAAAAAAAAAAAAAUGUAAUUUUUUUUCCUAUUAUUUCUAUGUCCCAAAGAUAAUUGAACAGUUAUUUACUUAGCCUAGCAAACUGAGAUAUAAUGAAAUGUAAAAUUCUUGUAGGUUUAUGUUCAACAUAGAAAGUGUUCCAUGAAUCAAAUUAUGAACUGAAUUGACCAAUAAUAAAAUUAUUUAUUCAAAUCCUAGAGAUGCAGUUUGAUUCCCACCAGCAGACCUGUAGCCUUUUUUUUUUCUUUGUCUCAAAUUGGUGCUUAUAAUAGUUUUUCUUUUUUUUUUUAUAUAUUUUUAAAGAUCUUCUCCAUCCUUCCUUCCACACUUCUGUUGUUUCAACAUUAUUUACAAGUGGUUGAUUUUCACCAUAAACUAAUCUUAGAAUAACUGAUUGCCUUCAGGAAUGUAAUGUUAGUUCUUCUGUCUCACUGACAACAUGAGAAAAUUAUUGCUUAUUGUUUUAAGGCAUCGUUAUCAAGACCUGACAAUUGUUGACAUGUUACAGAAUGUGAAAUAUCUUAAGGCCUACAUUUUGUGACUAAAUAAAAAAAAAAUUUAAAAAACGCUUGAAAAAAUUGAAAAACAAA